AUGGCAGAUUCUAACUGUGGAUGUGGCUCCUCCUGCAAAUGUGGUGACUCUUGCAGUUGCGAGAAGAACUACAACAAGGAGUGCGACAACUGUAGCUGUGGAUCAAACUGCAGCUGUGGGUCAAACUGUAACUGUUGA